AUGAAUAAUUCUAUCGAACGUGUUAUCGAUGAUCCACAAUCAGAUUUAUUCGUCAUUAAACCUAUCGAUGGUAAAGGUUUUGGUAUGUUUGCCAAAUGUGAUCUACAAUGUGGUACAGUUAUUGUAUGUGAAAAACCAUUAAUGAAAUUUCCAAGUUAUUCAUCAUCUAUACUCCUAGAAGCGAUCUAUGAUAAAUUAGAUUCGGAAACCAAACGUCGUAUUCAUUUUUUACUUGCAUCUCAAACACGAAAACAUCCUCUUGUUGGUAUAUGUGAUACAAAUAGUAUUCCAUUGGCCUAUGAUUCCAACGAAAAGGGUUUAUUUUAUUAUAUAUCAAUGGUCAAUCAUUCAUGUGAAUCAAAUACAUUUUGGAUAUGGUUUGAUUAUAAUAAUAAACAAGAAAUGAAAUUAAUUGCUGAUCGUCGUAUUAAAGCUGGAGAAGAGCUUGUUUGUUCAUAUAUAGGUAAUUAUAUAGUUAAUUGGACAUGUCAAAUUUUGUCGAAGAAACACCUUUCUAAAGUCGUUUAUGCUUUUC